AUGGCUGCUCAGAACUGCAUCUCCAUCUCAGAGCUUCAUCCCAGCUUCUCUCAUCCGAAGGUGGUAGGAGUCAUCAUCGCUAAAACUGAUGUCAGGAGCUUCCCUGACAGAAAAAACACUGAGAUAGACCGAUUCACGUUUGGCUUCACCAUAAGAGACUCAGCUGAUUUCUUCAUCAACGUUGCGGCCUGGGGAAAUGAUGGAUAUGUCAACGGGCUCGCCAACAGCUUCGGUGUUGGAGACUGUGUCACAGUUGAAAAUCCUUUAGUCGCCACCAAAGAUCCAGAAAAAGGAGACAAGUUCUGCCCCACAACACCAAGCCACUACAGGCUGCUGGUGACUGAGGCUCACUCCCAGGUGUAUCUGUGCGCUGAUGUUGACACCAUCGACAGGCUGCUGCCGCUCAUCCACCUUCCCGUUAAAGACUCCAGAGACUUCUACUCUCUGGGAGAUAUUGCAGCCAACGGACAAAAGCUGGACGGCACAGUGCUCAACAUACUGGCCGCCAUGAAACAGAUGGGAGAGAUAAAGCAGUUCACCACUUCAGACGGGCGCAAAGGGCAGAGACUUGAAGUGAAGCUCUUCGAUGACUCCGUCUCAUCCUUUCCUCUCGUCUGCUGGGACAAGGAGACCAUUCAGGUCCUUCAAACCUUGGCUCCCAAGGAGACGGUGCUCUUCGUAGCCGACGCCAAGAUUAGCUUUGACAACUUUCGCAGCAGCAUGGUGGCAACAGUUAACUCGAAAAGUGUCAUUACCGUCAAUCCUGACACGAGAGAGGCCAGCCUGUUGUUCAGCUACGUUAAAGAAGUGUCCGAGUCUGGAGCUCUGGAUCAAGAUGAGGCAGCAGAGGACCUGCCCGUGGACUCCAUCACUGACGUGUACACUGUGAGCCAGCUGAAGGACAAGGCCAAAGGUCACCCCGAGGCUUUCUUUGGCAUCACGUACAGCUUCGUCUCCAAACUGGACCUCGACUCGUCCGUCUCAAAAGUCAUCAAGACACGAUGCUCCAGAUGUAGGUACCAGGUGACGGAGGACACGCAGACCUGCACCAACCAGCUGUGUUCAGGGAGAGAUCAGGCUCUGUCGGCUUCUACAGGCUUCGACUUACUGGUGGACUUUACAGACCACACCAGCACCCUGCAGGCCUGCAGCCUCAGAGGCCCGGUGGCAGAGCAGACGCUCGGCUGCACAACAGAGGAGUUCACCAGUCUGACCGACGAUCAGCGAACUGCACUGAAGUGGAGGUUUCUUUUGGAACGGUGCAAGAUUUAUGUGAAGAUCCUGCCUUCUGCAAAGAUGAAGAGUGGGAUCAGAGGCGUGAUCCUGUCCUGCUCGCUGGCAGAUCCAGGAGAGGUGAAGCAGCACAUGAUGGCGCUGCUGCAGCAGCUUUAA